UUAGUUUUCUCGGAUUUGCAAUAAACAAAAAUGGUAAGAGCUCCUUUCUAUGACAAAAAUGGACUCAAGAAAGGUGCAUGGAGUAGAGAAGAAGAUGAGAAGUUAACAGCUUAUGUUAAGAGACAUGGUCACUCUAAUUGGCGUCAACUCCCCAAGUUUGCAGGUUUAGCAAGGUGUGGGAAAAGUUGCAGACUUCGUUGGUUGAAUUACUUGAGACCAAAUCUAAAACACGGGAACUACACCCUAGAGGAAGAAAAAAUAAUCAUCAAAUUACACCAAGAAUUUGGAAAUAAAUGGUCCUUGAUUGCUGAAAAGCUUCCUGGAAGAACAGACAAUGAGGUCAAGAACUAUUGGCAUGGCCAUCUUAAGAAGAUAAAAAGCAAUGAGAUCACUACAUCAAAGUUGAAGUCCAAGCCAGGCUAUAGUAUUGAAGUAAAUUCAAAUGAGACUCAUCAAUGUGAAAAAUCUGAAAGCCCUUAUGCUGAUGUUGGUGAUGACUUCCCUUAUAUUUUAGAAAGCUCAUUGGCCAUGUCCAGGGAAAGUACCUCAGAAGGAGACAACUAUUCCCUUACCUCUAUUGUUUCACUAUCAACCAUGGAUAGUUCCUUAUCAAAAGAAGAAUCUGUUCCUCCAUUGGUAUCAUACGAAGAAUUCAGCAGCGAUUUUUGGACUGAACCAUUCCUCACAGAAGAUACGUUUACUAAUGAGAUAUGUAGUGGUGAAGGCAUAGCAUUACUAAUUCCAAAUUUUGAUGGUGCAUAUCUGUUGUAGAAAAUUGUUAAGAGAUUAUCAUAUAUACAUAUAUGUUCCAUUACAAAUUGUUUCACAUGAGAAAGACCAUUCAACACACAAUAAUAAGUGGAUUGAUUUUGGUUAAUUCUCAAAUUAAUUUCAGUUUCCAAAUAGUUGGUAUAAUGUCAAUUGAAUUGAGCAAGCAAUAUUCCCGUUAAGGGUGUGAUCGAAUGGGAUAUGAUCCUA